GUCGGUUCUGCACUUCCCGGCGUGCCCUAAUAACACCAGUGAUAAGAGCGUGACUGCCCCAUCUGCCGCCGUUCGCAACGAGCAUGCACCGGCGGCUCAUCCGCUCGCAGGCCGCGCUGUCGAAUCGAGCACUCGCAUCCACUUGCGCGCUGCGUGACUGGCCCGCCGCGCACAUGGCUCGUGCAGCCCACUUCACCUCCAACCCACAAUCGGCAGCCUCUCCUCCAUCACCGUCCUGAAUCCAUCACAACGUCCGCCGCGUCAUCUGCUCAUCCAAGCGCCGCUGUCCACUGUCCGCACGCGUCGACGCCAUCCCUCCACCUCCGACUCCCAUCCCAGCAUCAUGGCCGCGUCCGCCGCCGAUGUGCCCCUGCUCAUUAAAUCGGAGAAUUCCUCCUCUGAACGCCGCAUCUCUCCAGCGUGGACCGUUGCCCAGCUCAAAGCGCGUCUCGAGCCUAUCACGGGCGUUCCGGCGUCUUGUCAACGUCUGAGCCUGCACGUUGCUUCUCAGCCACCACAGCCCAUCGAGCCUGCAGAUGAGGAAACCACGCAAAUAGCUGCAUGGCCGCUUCAAGCAUACGCAGAACUGCUGGUCACUGAUACCCGGCCGCCCGGCUCGAGGACCAACUAUACCGACGUGUCUUCCGUACAGAAGUAUGAAAUGCCCCAGGAUGAGUACGAGAGCCGCACGGACAGCGUGCUGGCAUGGAAGAAAGCCCGCAAACUGGGCCGCUUCGAUCCUGAUGCCCCGAACAUUGAACAGCAAAAGAUCGACGCUUCGUACCGUGAGGUCGACUCCCGCCACAUCAAGCAAGGCGCCCGAUGUCGUCUGCUGCCGGAGACCGACCAUAGACGCGGCACUGUGCAGUUUGUCGGCGACGUACCGGAGAUCCCGGGCGGCAUUGGUGCCUGGGUUGGCAUUCAACUCGAUGAGCCUACCGGUAAGAAUGAUGGCAGUGUGGAGGGCCAGCGCUACUUCGAAUGUCAGCCAAAUUGUGGUGUGUUCGUAAGGCCCGAGCGUGUUGAAGUCGGAGAUUUCCCCGUUCUGGACGAGUUCGCUGAUGAAGAUGAUGAAUUUUGAGCGACUCGCAACUGGUCUCACCCUUCGGCGACACCGCCAUUUGGAAUGCUACCAAUGCCGGGAUCCGUUGUGUAUCGGCGUCGAGCAGGUUUCAGAUCCAGUAGUGCCCACGCGAGCAGCAGGUCGUGCCAGCGCAGAAGGCGUAAGGGACGUCAAUGCUUCGUCUUUACUGGGCAAACCCUGCUUGUCACAACCACACGGAUGGACCAAGCAUGUUUGACAGUCUUGACAAGGCAGUGCAUGGGCUACACGGCCGUACAGCCAAAGGAUUUCUGCUGAUCCUGACCAUGUGUGGAGCGCUGAUAGUUGGCGCGAUGCAACGGAGGUCUCACAAUGCCCAUGGCGGAAUCUUUACCGCACGACCGAUAUACCAGCAGUAUCUCUGUCGUAUGCAGCGCAUCUGAGGCACCCUGUCUCAAGGAUCGAGGCAGGCGGUGAAUCACGCACGAAGAGAGAUCAAAACAUGCGGAUCUCCGCUUUGCUGUGCGCAAGUAGCCGACCCAGACCAUGCACAAAGGCAAGCACAUAUGAUCAAUUCUCCUAGUUCGAGUAUCAGUUCCCAGCAUUCGACAAGUCAACCUGGCAUUUGCAAUUGCAGGAUGCAUACUCCUGGU